CCUUGUUCGGGCGAGCCCCCUUAUCCUACGUCGUGAAAAAUGUCAAACGCCAAUGAAGCAGCUUGGCCCUUGGCCGAUGCGGCCCUGACCCAGGAGAUUCUCGAUCUCCUCCAGUCGGCCAUGCACAUCCGUCAGGCUAAGAAGGGUGCUAACGAAGUCACCAAGGCUAUCAACCGUGGAACUUGCGAGCUUGCCGUCCUUGCUGCCGACACCGAGCCCCUGGCUAUCAUCCUCCACAUCCCUCUGAUCUGCGAAGACAAGGGCGUCCCGUACGUCUACGUUCCUAGCAAGACUCUGCUGGGCCGUGCCUGCGGUGUGAGCCGUGCUGUCAUUGCCGCCAGCAUCAGCUCCAACGAGCUGUCUGAGCUGUCUGGCCAGAUCAAGGCUCUGCAGCAGAAGGUCGAGAGACUUGCCAUCUAAACGGGACAUUGCGCCGAGUCUUUUUGCCGCUGGAUCUAGGUCGGAGCGUUUUGCGUGGUUGGAAAUAGCCGUGCUCCGUGUGCGCAUCUGGCUUGACACGUUGGCUGUCAUGUAAAUGCGAGUGCGAAUGCGAGCGCAACGCUUUAGAUUUAGUUGAGCAGGGUCAAUGACAUUUUUCACCUGGGAUAAAAAUUCCCUGUGUUGAGCUGAGCAGCUGUUGUUGGUUCCAUUCAUCUUGUUGUGAUGAUUGUGAUGAUUUUGAUGAUUUGUUGUGCAUGUAAUUGAUGAUGUUAUGCGCAAACCCUACAAAGUCAAAACUCGAGAUUACUUAA